AUACAGAGUAAUGAUUUGUAUGGUUGUUAUAAAACGAUGUCUAUUGAAAUAUUAUUCUUUUUUCUUUGUAGUUUAUUUUGCUUAGAUUUUAUCGUGGCUAUCGAUUAUCCAUGGCAACCAUUGUUGAAUAUAUCAAACGAUACAUUAGCCAAAGCUAUUCUACCAAGAUAUUUGAACCUAAAUCUUAUCCAUGAUAAUCAUCUGAGUAAUGAAUGUCGAAUGGAUAUCUACCGAGCAAUCGAUGCUCUCUAUGAACGAAAAACAUGGUCAUAUAAAUUGUUUGAUUCUUGGGCUCGUUCAAUUCCUUCUGGUAUGAUGAUCGGUACAUUCACUGAUUUUGGUGAUUUUGAUCAAUGUAUGUCGAUCGAUUCAAGCGAUAUUGUAUCCAAAUAUUGCAUUCUGGAUAUGUCUAUAGCAAUGCCCGAACCGGUACCUUUUCCUUUUCAUCUAAAAAAACGUUUACCUGUUCUGAAAAAUCAUUCAAAACUGAACGGAACAAUUUUCAAUCAUUUGGCUGAUAAAUCAUCACUUUUUUAUUAUAUUCAUCUUUGGAUGGGAAUCUGUGUUCCUGAAUCUUGUUCACUUAAAGAUAUUCAAUAUGCAUUCAAUACAACUGGUAUCAAUGAAUUUGGUUUUCAAUUGAAUUCAUUGCCAUGUAAGAUCAAUGAGAAUGAUCAAAAUUGGAAACUAAAUUUUGUUCAACUCAUAGCAUUAAUUGUCAUCGUUAUUAUGUUGAGCAUAAAUAUAAUUUCCAUAAUCUAUGAAAAUUUUAUUCAAAAUGAAAAUGAUUCAAUGUUCAAAACAAUAAUGAAAUGGUUUUCACCAAUUAAAAAUUCAAUCAACUUAUCAAAAUCUUCAAAACAAAAUGAAUUAUCCUGUAUACAUGGAAUUCGUUUCAUAUCGAUGGUAUGGAUUGUUACAAGUCAUGCAAUCAAAUGGAAUCCAUGGAAUUUUUUUCGUCAAUCAUUUGCAUUGACUGAUGAAUAUACAUCGUUAAUAUUACAACCAAAAUUUAAUGGUCAUUAUUCAACUGAAACUUUUUUCUAUAUAAGUGGCUUGUUAGCAUCAUUUUCUACAUACAAAAAAACUAAAGGAGAUUAUAAAAAAUUUAAUUAUAUUUCAUUCAUAUUGAUGCGUUAUCUACGAUUAACACCACAAAUUAUAGUUUAUAUGCUGUUGAUCAGUCUUAUACCUUUUCUAUCGGAUGGUCCAAUAUUUUCAAUACAUUCCGAAAGUAUUAUUAAUAAAUGUUCAACAACUUGGUGGCAUAAUCUAUUUUACAUUCAAAAUUUAUUAAAUCCAAAUGAAAUAUGUGCUCUUCAUACCUGGUUUUUAGCUGCCGAUAUGCAAUUACAUAUAAUGUCUGCUUUAUUGAUACGAUUAUUAUUACGAAAUUCACGUAAAGGAAUAUUUAUCAUUAAUGUUUUCAUUAUAAUUUUCUUUCUAAUUUCAUCCAUUAUAAUUUACAUUCAAAAACUUUCGCCUGGAUUCAUUCUUCCUAUUUUCAAUGAUUUCAUUCAUCCUAAUUAUGAAAUGGGUUAUUUGACAGUUUUUUUCUUCAAACCUUGGAUUCAUGUUAUUGUAUUUUUUAUUGGUCUGAUUGCUGGUGCUUAUCUGCAGAAAUGUUCAUCACCAAUGGUAAUGAAAACAAGCAACAAAUAUCUUUUCUGGUUACUAGUUUUUUUGGGAUAUCUAUUCUGUAUUUUUUAUACUAUACCUUGGUUUGAUGGUCAUCUACCUAUAAAUCCAUUAUGGUCUGCUAUUUUAUUUCCAUUAAGUCGUAUUAUAUGGGCUAUUGUUUUGACAUUAAUAGUAUGGCUUUGUGUUACGAAUAAUGGAAUAUUCAUUGGUCGUUUUCUAUCAUGGCCAUUAUUUCGUCCAUUAUCACGUUUAUCAUAUUCAGUAUAUCUAACACAUGAAUUGGUACUAAUGUUUUGUAUAAAAUCUCGUCGUAAUCUUAUUAAUUAUCGUACUAAUGCUAUCAAUAUGUUGUUUGCAUCAAUUAUUGUAUUUUCAUAUAUGGCUGGUUAUAUUUUUACCAUUAUAUUUGAAUGUCCAUCGAUUAAUUGUCUUAAUUAUUUGAAAUCAAAUCGAACAAUUCGAACAAACAAAAAAUCAACAAAAUAAAGC